ACCACGGGCACGCCACCGACCCCCCACCACCCGUUACUACUGUUAAUAUUACUACUACUACUACUACUACUACUACUACUACUACUACUACUACCAUUACAAUACGUACCAUGGCAUCCGGGGUGGUGGGUGGGUGGACGGUGUUACGUGUGCCCGUCGUCGGCAGUGCUCUUCUUGGUGGUGGCCGCGCUGGUGUAGUGUCCAGUGCAACAGUGAAAUCGUUCCCCGUACGGAUAUCCGAUCGCGUCCGUCCGCGCGCGCACGUAUUGUAAUUCCGUCACGUAUUCCUUCUCCGCCGUCCGUGGUCGCGCGCGCCUCCGUCCGAUCGUUUUCCCCGUGCGGUACCUGUGGCCGCGAUCGAAUAGGCGUCGUCGUCGCCGCCCACGCAAAUGUUUCAUCGUGUUCACCGGACGCGGCUGCCGUUGCUGUGAUUGCCGCCGCUGCCAUUCUCGUCGUCGUUGUUGUUAUUGUUGUUGUUGUUGUUGACGGUUACGCGUCGUUGUUGUUGUUGUUUCGCUAGCCGUUUUUUUUUUUUUUCUUGUAAAUACCGCAGUCGACCGAACCAGCCGGUGUGCAAUCUCGUAUUUUCCCUCUUAAAGUCAAAGCGCCCGUGUGCCGUCCUCCAAGUGUUCAUUCCUCGGUCAUCGAUGGAUUCGCUUUGAUCGACCAUCCGAAAAACGUCUUCGCUGUGCUUGCCCGUGCAACGCUAAACAUUUACCCGUACCUUUUUAUGUACAUUGUUAUCAUGUCACCCAUCGAUUGACCGCAGCCUGACAAUGUUCCGUUGCAUACCCAUAUUCAAGGGCUGCAACAGGCAGGUAGAAUGUGUGGACAAACGACACAGCUCGUUGAAUUCAGUGCCCGAAGAAAUACUUCGGUAUGCCAGGAGCCUAGAGGAGUUACUGCUCGAUGCCAAUCAUCUACGUGAACUACCCAAAAACUUUUUCAGACUUCAAAGAUUACGGAAACUUGGUCUUAGUGACAAUGAAAUACACCGCUUACCACCGGAAAUACAAUGCUUUGAGAAUUUAGUUGAAUUAGAUGUUUCAAGAAAUGACAUACCUGAUAUUCCUGAUGAAAUCAGAAGUCUUAGACUACUUCAAGUUGCAGACUUCAGUAGUAAUCCUAUACCUAAAUUACCAUCAGGAUUCUCACAACUACAUAAUCUCACUACUUUAGGACUUAAUGAUAUGUCAUUAAGUAAUCUACCUGCAGAUUUUGGACUGCUAACCAAUUUGAAAUCUCUAGAGCUACGAGAGAACCUUUUGACAUCUUUACCAUUAUCAUUGUCACAAUUAACACGAUUAGAACGAUUAGAUUUAGGUGAUAAUGAAAUAGAUCAUCUGCCACAUCACAUUGGUAAUCUUCCAGUUCUCCAAGAACUUUGGCUGGACCAUAACCACUUACAGCAUUUACCUGCCGAAAUAGGAAAUCUUAAGCAAUUAGCUUGUCUAGAUGUUUCUGAAAACCGUUUGGAAGACAUUCCUGAAGAAAUUGGAGGUCUAGAAAAUUUAACUGAUUUACAUUUAUCCCAAAAUGUAAUUGAAAUCCUUCCUAAUGGUAUUGGUGAACUUACUCGUCUUAUGAUCUUAAAAGUAGACCAAAAUAGAUUAACAAUGUUAAAUGACCGCAUAGGGUGCUGUGAAAAUCUUCAAGAACUAAUACUAACUGAAAAUUUUUUAGUAGAAUUACCAGUGACAAUUGGUAAACUUGUAAAUCUUACUAAUCUUAAUGUUGAUCGAAAUAGUCUUCAUUGUCUACCUACAGAUAUUGGUAAUUUAUGUCAAUUGGGUAUUUUAUCAUUAAGGGAUAACAAAUUACAAUAUCUUCCUAAUGAAGUUGGAAAUUGUGUUGAAUUGCACGUAUUAGAUGUUUCGGGAAACAAUUUACAAUAUUUGCCAUUUUCUUUGGCUAGCCUAAAUUUAAAGGCAGUUUGGCUUUCAAAGAAUCAAGCUCAACCAAUGCUCAAUUUUCAAACUGAUGAAGAUGAAAAAACUGGUGAACAAGUACUUACAUGUUUUUUGUUGCCUCAACUUGAAAUUAGAGGAGAAGCAAAUGGCUUGAUCACUGGUGACUAUGACCAAUCAUUGUGCUCGCCACCAGAUGAGGAGCCAACCAGUGAAACAGAAGAUAAUGAAUGGGAAAAUAAAGCAAAUUCAAGAACAACUUCUGUUCAGUUCACUGGAGACAUUAAGACUGAACCCAAUACAAAUACAUCAUUUGUUCGUCACAACACACCACACCCCAGAGAAUUGAAAGCUAAAGCAACAAAAUUGUUUGGUAAGACCAAAAGUAAUGAAAGCAGUUUAACUGACAGUCAAAAAGGAGACGAUUCUACUGAGAAAAGCAAUGAAAAUGAAGUUUUAAAUGACAAACAUUCAGAAGAAGUAGAAUCAAUUGUAGAAAUAAAUAGUAUUUUAGAAGAAGAAACAAAUGAGGAAAAGAGUGUAGUUUUUCAUCCAUCUUCAAAUUUUGAUGCUGAUAUUCAAAAUAGGCCUUUAAAAUUGCAUAGGAGAGAUACACCUCAUCAUUUAAAAAAUAAAAGAAUCACUAUAGAUGCUAAUUUAAUUGAACAACAGGAAGCACAAUUGAUUAGCAAUGAAAAUGAAAAAAUGUUAAACUCCUUAUCUGAAGAUAAAAGUGCUGUAUUAUAUCCCACUCCACCAGAGUCAUUAGUAGAUCAUACUGUUCUAGAUGGUGAAAUGAUUGGAAAAGAAGAACUAUUGGAAGUUAAAAUUGAAAGAACAUCUGCUGGUUUAGGAUUAUCAAUUGCUGGUGGUCGAAAUUCAACCCCUUUUAAAGGAAAUGAUGAAGGCAUUUUCGUGUCUAGGCUUACACCUGAUGGACCUGCUGAACUAGCUGGACUCCGAGUUGGAGAUAAAGUCCUUACAGCUAAUGGUCACUCUUUAGUGGAUGUUGAUCAUUAUACAUCUGUUGAGGUUUUACGUUCUUGUGGAUCAGUUUUAGUUCUUCAAAUACUAAGAGAAACUCACCCACAUCCAAAAGAUUGGGCUAUACAUAUUCCAGGAGACUCAGCAUCAUCUAGUUUGAAUAAUAGUCGUGCAGCAAGUGUAAUUUCACAUCAUAAUUACGAACAUACUAAUGGCCAUACUUCAGAUAGGAAUCGUAAAACGCCUGAACUUUUAAAAGAACUAGAUUCAACGAAAAAACAAAUAGUUUAUACAACAUUAAUCAGAGAUCAAAAUGGUCUUGGCUUUAGUAUAGCUGGUGGAAAAGGAUGUACACCUUUUAAAGAAAACACAGAGGCAAUUUUCAUAUCAAGAAUUACCGAAGGUGGUGCUGCUGAAAAAGAUGGAAAAUUACAAGUUGGAGAUCAAGUUAUAUCGAUAAAUGGUAUUGAUGUAACUGGUGCCCGUCAUGAUCAAGCUGUAUCAAUGUUAACUGGGUUAGAACGCUUUGUGCGUUUAGUUUGUGAACGACUAGUUGAUACCCAGUAUUCCGAUUCAGAAUCUCACAACUCUGUUUCACCGAGCAUUGUGCCCACUAAAUCUCGUUCAUACAUGUCUCCGAAAACUCCUCCUCCAGCACCACCACAAACUCCACCAAAACCUGCACCUAGAAAAUUGGUUUCUCAGUCAUCGUCUAUUAGUUCAGAUUCUGAAAGUGUACAACCUAAACCAUUGACCAAUGAAGAUUUUGAAGCUAUGAUUCCUCAACGUUUUCAAAAGAAUAUUAAAAAUCAAGUCGAAGAACAACCAGUUUCUGUAGUUACUACACUAACUAUCAAAAAACCUAGCAAUUUGAAUGGGAUAGAGUUCAAAGAUAGUCCAACUACUUUAGGUCGUGUCACUGAAACUAUAACCAAAAGCACAUUUACUGAAACUGUGGUGACUAGGGUAACAGAUAACAGUUUGCCAAAUUCUGUCAUUAUCGAGACCGUCACUUUAGUGAAAGAAGGUGGUUCUUGGGGCUUCAGUAUCAUUGGAGGAACAGAUCAUCCAUGCAUUCCAUUUGGACUUCAAGAACAUGGAAUUUUUAUCUCUCACAUUGUUCGUAAUGGUAUUGCUGAGAGUUCAGGAAAAUUACGUAUGGGUGAUCGUUUAUUAAAAGUAAAUGAUGAAGAUGUAACAAAAAUGACACAUCAAGAUGCUGUAUUAACUCUUUUGAAACCCACUGAAGAAAUUACUCUUACAGUCCAACAUGAUCCUCUUCCAGAUAAUUUUCAAGAACUGACUAUUAUCAGAGAACCCAAUGAAAAACUUGGUAUGCAUAUUAAGGGUGGUCUUCGUGGACAUCGAGGUAACCCACUUGAUAAAACUGAUGAAGGUGUAUUCAUAUCAAAAAUUAACUCCGGUGGAGCUGCCAAAAGAGAUGGACGAUUAAAGGUUGGUUUGCGUCUUUUGGAAGUGAAUGAUGUAUCUUUGUUGGGUGUCACCCAUCAAGAAGCUGUAAAUUGCUUGCGAACUGCUGGUCAGCAAAUACAUAUGAUUGUAUGCAAAGGAUACGAUAAGGCAGAAGUUGAAAGACUGGUCAAUGAAGGCAAACUUAGAAGAGAUAGUAGAUCAAUUUCUCAAAGUGUGUCUAGCUUAGAUAGAGAUGACGAAGAUUCCGAAGUAAUUAAACAAGAAAUGGAAAUAAAAAAAGAAUUAGCUGAAUGGGAAAAUCAAGAAAAGUUACUAAAAGAAGAACUUGAAAAUAUGGAAUUAGAUGAGGUUAAAGAAAAAUCAACUCAAGAAAAAGUUUUAGAUGUAGUACGAGCAGCUGAAAUGUUAACGCUGAAUUCAUCAGAACCAAACUCUGUAAAACCUAAAUCACCUGGUGGCCCAAAAUCAGGUGAUAUACAAAAAACCACUACAAUUGUAAUGAGUAAACAUACUUUAGCCCCUCAAGCUGAUAAAGUAGUUAUUCAGAAACGAUCUAAUAUAUCUCCUCCUAAACCACCUUUGUCCAAAUCUACCCGUCCAUCAAAACAUAUACACUUCCAAAAUAUUCCUUGUGACAACCCUCCUCUAAGAACAAUAGUUGUGGAACAACCAAAACCUACUCGAGUAGAAAUGAUGCCUUAUGUUACCAAAGUCAAUACAUUGCCAGCUGACCAAUACUGUGUUCCAGACUUCACAGAUGUUGAAAGUAGCUCAUCCUUGGAAACUUCUCAAUCCCAAGAACUACCUCCUAUAAACUAUUCUACUCAUCCGUCUACUCCUCACUGGUUGGAAAUUUAUAAUGAUACCCCGUCGCUUUUGACCUAUUACAAUGCAGUUAAUAAUUCCUGCGAGCAAAAUGUUGGUCCAAAAGCUUCCGUUAGUGAUAAAAUGAAGUUUUUUGAAAAAGCUAUGGAGGAACAUCACAAUCCAAGUCCAAAACCUGAAAGAGUAUUUAGUUUUCUUAGCAAAGAUGAAGUGGAAAAAAUGAAACAAGAAGAAGAGCAAAAAAUGGGUACAUUAAUAAAGAAAAGGUUAAAUCAACAAAAUAAAUUUGUUGAAGAUGAUUAUUUUGAUGACGAAGAUGACAAUGAUGGUGCCUUAAUAUUUGAGAAUACACAAAGCAUUGAACCACCAAAAAAAGUUGAUGCUAAUAUGUGUGUACGAACAGCUAAAGCUGAAAAGAGAAUGAAAGAAAGACUUAGUCAAGAGGGAAUUGUGUCAUGUGAAAAUAAUAAAGAACUUUCUCCUUCUGAACAACGUGCGCUCAAUGCUGAAAAAAAAGCUGCAUGGCGGCAAGCCAGAUUGAAAUCUUUAGAACAGGAUGCAUUACAAGCACAAAUUGUUAUAAAAGAAUUAAGUGAGAUAAGUGAGAGUAAAUCAACAAAUGGUGGCGAUGCUGAUAGUGAAGAAAUGCCAGAUACGCAAUCAAAAGAAUACACAGAAAACAAAACUUUGGAGUGCUUGCGGCCGACCAGCGAAGACUUUCCCCGCCUACGCCUGCGCGAGUCCCCCGUCCAGACUAAGGUGUUGGAACGUGAGACUGUCGUCGGAGAAAGCGUGUCCCUACGGACAGAGCAGUAUGUUGACCAUGUGUCUGGUCAGCUGAAAGUCAGGACCGUCGAAAUAAUCGAAAAAGUCAUUGAAAAAGAGGUGGAGACGACCAAAGAGAAAAUAGUGUCACUCGAGUUAAGUACUCCAGAAACUGAAAUCCCAAUUGAAGAAGGGACUGAAGAUGGAGAAUUACAGGAAAAGAAACCGUCCUCCAAUACGACUGGCAAGAAAAGACGCCGGAAGCGUACAAAAUCUACAGAUAAACAAACAGUGUAGUUAUAAAAAUCAUUAACAAUAUAAUGCUAGCAGCUAUUUUUUUCUAAUUAUAAUAUAAUAUGUA